GGUAUUCAGAAAAUGUGGACCACCAUAGAGGCACUACCUUUGAGGUAGUGAUAAAAUGGCUGGUAAAGCAUUAAUCUAGUGCCAGAAGUCAGAUAAUUGAAGUUUCGGGGCAACGUCUAAGAGUACGCUUAAGUUUUUUUUGUCCAAAGACCGCCUAAUUCAUACUCAAUGAGGGGAAGCACUAAUUGCGGUAUUCCGAUAUUCCACCCUAUCCGAAUUACGGCCCAUUAUCCAUUGGAGAUUAGGCCAUUUAAACUAAAAUAUGGAAAGCAUGUGAAAUUUAUCGGAAUAACAGGUGAAAAUUUGCCAUAUCCUAGACCUUCAGCUACUGGGUGAGCUACAUGAACCCAGCUGCAGAUACAUGGCAUACGAAGUAAACCCCUACUCAUCGCUGAAUUCGUUCCCUCGACAAAUCCGCUUUAGAUACGGUGUAUUCCGGGUAAAACAAAUAAGUGACUAACUGCC